UCGAAUCGUGAACAACGCGUUUUUUUACGACGCCGUGUGUCUUCUUCGCGACUACCGAAAAUUUGAAUAUCUUCUUUGCUUUUGCCUUCCCUUGUGCUGCAGAGUGUGUGAAUAGUAAUUCCGGUGUAGUGACUAGAUGUGAGCGAGUGAAGAAUAAUUUAACUGAAUUUCCGUGUGACGAUCAAGAAGAACAAGUGCUGAGUUUGUGUAAAUCGUGGGCUGCAGGGAAAAUCCAUAUAAGCUCAACGCGACGCCAAGUGUGUGUCUGUGAAUCGUGCAGUGAGAGAAUUGCAAAACGAGAAUCUUCAUCCCCUUGACUGGGAGCAUCAGCUGAAGAAAAGGGAGGUUAUUUUUUUCAGAGUGGAGAGAUUCGUUCCGGUGCAAGUCAAGUGUCAAAAUUGCUUUGUUGUUGUUGUUGUUGUUAGUGAGUGGUAUUGUUGCAGCGAUUCGCUUGAAGUCAUGUGAAAGCCGAAUCAGAAGAACGCAAAGUGCGGUGUGGUGCUGAAGUUCAUGGCUUGCUGUUAGUGGAAAAAAAAACUCGGAGUUCAAUAAUCGCAACAUAGCAGAAGAAUCGGUUUUCUACGACGAAAUUGCUGUCUGGAAUCUCAGGUGUGCGGGUGUGUGCAGAGCAAGUGGGAGUGGAGAAAAGAUGUCUGUGGAAUCGCUUUGAUUCGAGAAGAUUAUUUGGUGGGCGACCGCGACGAAACAGUGCUUUUGUUUUUCUCUUCGGAACGGGGAGAAGAAUUCAAAUCAACUUUCGGCUGCUGGAUUGAUUGUCAAGAGAUACAACAGGCGGUGACAGUCAGCUGGAGCAGUUUGACGGACGUUCGUUGAUUCACCCUGGACCAACCUGGCGGACGGAACAGGCUAGGGAGUGGCUGGUGGUGGUGCUGCUGCUAGAGCAGCGUCAUGGAUCACGCGGUUCAUGCGGCACGAGGAAGACCAUGGAACAAACUGCGCUUCGAAAACAACGAGCUGGAAUGUCUCUACCAGCGGUACACCCUCAAACUGCAACGGUUCUCCGUGACCGGAGUCGUUGCCCUAGUCGUGGUCCUGUGCGGCGUCAUGGCCGGACUCAGCCUCGGCUACAACCGGGCACCGACGUUACAUAACGUCUUUAACUCGUUCCUGUGCCUGCUGUCUGCUGUCGUGCUGGUGUUGCUUCAGUUCCGCUUCCUACGGGACUCGCAUCUGCCUUACCUGUGCUAUGGCAUUCUGUUCUUCACGGCUGCCUUCUGCUUCAUCUCGAUGCCCACGGUCGGGAUUGUGUUCCCCGUCGAUACCCGGGAGGUGAUGGCCGAAGGCGUUUGGCAGAUUGUGUUUGUGGUGUUUCUGGCCUAUGCCAUGAUGCCGCUGCAGAUCUGGGAAGCGGUCCUGUUCGGCAUCAUCCUGCCGUCGAUACACGUCGGCCUGACCGGGUACAAUAUCUACAAUGAGAACUUCCAGUACCUGGCGUAUCAGCAGCUCGCGGCCAACAUUGUCAUCUUCGUGGGCGUCAACGUGGCCGGUCUGGUGGUGAACGUCAUGAUGGAGCGGGCCCAGCGGCGAGCUUUCCUGGACACCCGCAAUUGCAUCGCCGCCCGGCUGGAAAUGGAGGAUGAAAACGAGAAGCUGGAACGGUUGCUCCUUUCGGUUCUGCCGCAGCACGUGGCCAUGGAGAUGAAGAACGACAUCCUGUCGCCGGUGGAGGGCCAGUUCCACAAGAUCUACAUCCAGAAGCACGAGAACGUUAGCAUACUGUUUGCGGACAUCGUUGGCUUUACGGUGCUGGCUUCGCAGUGCAGUGCCCAGGAAUUGGUGCGGUUGCUGAACGAGCUGUUCGGGAGGUUCGAUCAGCUGGCGCACGAUAACCACUGUUUGCGCAUUAAGAUCCUGGGGGAUUGCUACUACUGUGUGUCGGGUAUUCCGGAUCCGAGGGCGGAUCAUGCUCGGUGUGCGGUCGAGAUGGGUCUGGAUAUGAUCGAUGCGAUCGCUUCGGUGGUUGAGCAGACGGAUGUGAUUCUAAACAUGAGGGUGGGGAUUCACUCAGGCCGGGUGUUGUGCGGUGUUCUGGGACUUCGCAAGUGGCAGUUCGAUGUGUGGUCCAACGAUGUGACGUUGGCAAAUCACAUGGAAAGUGGCGGUGAAGCGGGGCGGGUUCAUGUGACCAGAGCGACGCUGGAUGCUCUGGGAGGGGAGUACGAGGUAGAAGCAGGUCACGGUGAAACGCGGGAUUCGUAUCUUCGGGAUCAUCAAAUGGAUACGUACUUUAUUGUACCACCGGCCCACCGGAGAAAGCCCCUGAUGCUGAACACGCUCGGGGUUCGCUCGGCGCUGGGGGCGGCCAACCGGCGGAAGCUCUCGUUCCGGAACGUGUCCAACGUCGUGGUCCAGCUGCUGCACACCAUCAAGUACUCGGUGCCGGUGCCAUUUUCGCACAUGGCCACCGGUGGGUCACCCUAUCCGGGCACUGGCAGCGGAGGCAGUGGACCGGCCGGUGGCCCCGGCGGCGGAAUGUUUCUCGAUAAGAACGCUCGAAAGGUAAGUGUGCUCCACUUGCAACGUAUGCUACACGCUAGUCCGUAUCAAGCGCACAUCGCCGCUGCCGGUGGCGCCAUCGGAGAAAGCACCGGUCUGAUGGCCGGAGCCCGUGCCGCACGCGGAGGCGACGCCGGUGACUCCUCCCAGUACGAAACGGAUUCCGGCGCCACGCUAAAAAACAAGGUAACGGACAAAUUCAAGCGACCGUUCAAGAAGCGCCACUCCAGCGUCUACCACCAGCCAUCGAACCGGGUCAACAAGUUCCUCUCGCAGGCCAUCGAGGCCCGGAGCGUCGAUCGGGAGAAGUCGGUCCACGUCAAGCGGAUCACGCUGCAGUUCCGCGAGAAGGACAAGGAACGUCAGUACCACCAGGACUUCGAUCUGGGCUUCACCACCGCCAUGGGCUGCAGCUUGCUGCUGUUGAUACUCAGCGCCGGACUUCAGAUUUCGGCGCUACCUCGUACCUUAAUACUGUUACUGCUGUUUUUGACUGCGUUUAUUUGGAUCAGUUCGAUCCUGAUGUUACUGCUAGCCGUAAGACUAAAGUGGAUCUUCUGGGACCUGUCGCAGAGCUUCUCGUUACGCCUGGCCAUCACCAUCUUCACGAUUGUGCUGCUCUACUCGGUCGGGCAGGUCAAUGUGUUCACCUGCCUCUCGGACCAUCCCUGUACUACUAACUUCACGACCAAAGCCGUUCCGGAUCUGUUCCAUCACGAUCCGGCGGCGGCGUCUUCCUCCUCUUCGGUGCUGGCAUCGCACGAGACGAACGUACCCUUCCCGGAUGGAACCGGAGCCGGGGUACUCCCGCCGCCUCCGCUAGGAUCUCCCGGAGUCAACUAUGCCCACCGGAAGUGUGCUCUACCGCAGUACAUUUCCCUAUCGGCGGCGUUCUCCUUCCUGACCGUGUCGAUCUUCUUGAGGCUGCCGAUCAUGGUGAAAACCUUCCUGGUGACGCUGAUGGGAGUCAUGUACUGUCUGUUCAUCGAGUUGUCGCACACGAACAUCUUCGACUGCUACGACCAGCGGGUGGAGUCUGCCAUUCCGUUGCACACGAUUUCGCUGGCGAGGAUCAUCAUCUUCAUGAUCGCGAUCUUGGCCCACGGGCGGCAGGUUGAGUGGACGGCUCGGCUGGACUUUCUGUGGCAGCUGCAAGCAUCGCAGGAGAAGAAGGAGAUGUCGGUGCUGCAGCAGUCGAACCGGAGGAUCCUCUACAACCUGCUGCCGUCGCACGUGGCAUCGCACUUCCUGGAUAACCACUUCAGUCGGAACAACAUGUCUAAUUCGCAGGGUACUCUCGGUGGAAACCAGGAUCUGUAUCAUCAGAGCUACAGCAAGGUGGGUGUGAUCUUUGCCAGUGUGCCGAACUUCCACGAGUUCUACACGGAGCUGGAUGGGUCCAACCAGGGCGUCGAGUGUCUGCGGCUGUUGAACGAGAUCAUCGCGGAUUUUGACGAACUACUAUGUGAGGAGCGGUUUCAGGCAAUGGAUAAGAUCAAGACCGUGGGCAGUACGUACAUGGCGGCGGUGGGGUUAAUCCCGGAGUUCAAGAUGCUACCGAACGAUCAAAGUUCGACACGGAAGCUGAUGACGGCAUUGAUCGACUUCGUGAAAGCCAUGCGGGUCACGUUGAAGAAUAUCAACGAGAAUUCCUACAACAACUUCAUGCUGAGGGUCGGAGUGAACGUGGGACCGGUAGUAGCCGGUGUAAUUGGGGCUAGGAAGCCUCAGUACGAUAUUUGGGGCAAUACGGUCAACGUGGCUAGUAGGAUGGACUCGACGGGUAUUCCCGGAUAUACGCAGGUCACUCAGGAGGUGAUCGAUAGCUUGCAGGGUAGUCACUUCGAGUUCCGGUGCCGGGGACAGAUUAAGGUAAAGGGAAAGGGUGAUAUGGUGACGUAUUUCCUAUGCGAACAGAACGAGAACAUGUUGAACGGGGGUGGAGCGAUCGGAGGGAUGAGCGGUACCGGUAGUAAUCGGGAUCGGCAGACUCCAGCUCCGAAUAUCAUCUCCAACUACCAAACGGACAGCUUCCACCACAUGAACAUUAGUCAACAGGGGUGCUUUCAAGCGCCAGCUCCCGUCCUGCAACCGCAGAGCUACUACAUGAAACGGACGGACAUGGACAGCGGAAGCAUGAAGAAUACCAAGUGGCAGCUAGGGACCGAUAGCUUCUCGAAAAAGGAGAGCUACAAUUUCAUGGAAAGCCCAAAUUUGCUUCAUCAACAACCUCCGGUAGGGCAGCACCAUUUUCAGCAACAACUUCAACAACAGCAUCAACAGCCGCACCAGCUACAACAGCAAGCACAGAUGAAGGUCGCCUAUAAGCACAACAACAUCAACAACAAUCACAUUAGCGCUGGCUACCUUGGCAACCAUCACAAUCAACCAACGAAUCACAACAACAACAACAACAAUAACAACAACUACGGUAAACGAAACGACUAUCAUCCUGGCAACGGUUCGGUUGCUGGUGGUCAGCACCAACCCAGCUACAACAUUCGGGAGAAUUUCAACAUCAUCGAAAACCCCAACGUGAAGGAUGUGGACGAGAACAAUUUCAACAAGUUGAACCACAGUGGACACAAAGUACGGAACAACAAAAAUCACCAUCAUCAUCAUCACCAUCGGCACGAAGCCGGACCGGGUAGCACCAGCCAUAAUCCUAGCAAUCGAUACGUAACCGCGUCGGAGAACGAACCCCUGCUGGGCUCGGGCAUAGUCGGCAAUGCCGUCAUCAAACCUAUCCAGCAGAUUCAGCAGAUCCCCAAAUACGAACCUCCGCGCUAUGCAAUCGGAAGUUCCGCCUUUCCUCAUCAACCGAUGAACAACAACGCCAACUACAACUUCCCUGUAGCACCAAACUACCAUCAACAGCAACCACCACCUCCUCAUCUUGCCAGACAGCACCAACUCUAUCAGCAGCAGCAACAACAACAACAACAGCAACUCCUUAAGCAGUACAUCAAACCCUUGCCCAAGCUUCCGCACGAAUUCGACGAAUCCCGGGAGAUGUCCUCCACGGAUGAUCUCAGCUCCCGACCACGUUCGCCUUCCGUGUCGUCCUCGGACGAAAGCUACUCCAAAACCACCGAAGGUGAAGAGCUGGACGGCCAUUCGCCAUUUCCGGCCCGGUCGUCCUACGCGAACAACUUCAACAAUCCGCUGCAGUACCUCUACCCGGGCGACAUCCAGGUCGACCCGACCUCCCCGCCCAAGCUCAGCCCGAUCGAUUUCGCCAACAUGAAGGACUUCGAGGUGACCACGACGGCGGAAACCAAGUCCUCGGUGCCGAACAAGGGCGAAUCGUGCAAUAGUUUCGAGUUCCUUGACAAGGCCGCUCCUCCACUCCAACCACCAACCAACUUCCCCAAGUCACCCUUCGAACGGGAACUGCAACGAAGGCUCGCCGAGUCGCAAUCUCGACCGAUGCUAGCUUCCGCUGCUAACGGAGGCGCCGGUAAUAACAACCUUGAUCACCAAACGGAACUGCCUCCAGUGCGACGGGAUUCCGUCGAGAAGGUCAAGAACGUCAACAACCUGUUGCUGGCGAAGCACCCCGGCACGUUGGAAGCGAUCAAGGAAGCCACCCGGAACAAGAACCCCUCCGAGUCGAGUCAUAUGCAAACCUCCGAUACGGAAUCGUGCGAAAUCAUCCAUGACUACCGGUCGACGGCGUCCGGCGGUGGUGGUCCCGGUUCGAUAGACCACCGACAGCCCCACCAACACCAUCACCACCACCGGCCGCACCAUCAUCAUGCGCUGUCGCAAUCGCCUCGGAUGCAUCCGCGGAACCAUCACCACAAGUACAAUGCGACGAAAAAGUCCUCCAACGAGACGUCGUCCAACAUCGAAGCGGACGAAGAUCUGCGGCUGUCGAACGAAGCUAUCUAUCGGGGGCGAGGUCGGGACUCGGACGAUCUUCUCGACGACGAUGAACCGGAAGACGAGGAGGAGGUUGAAGAGGAGGAAUCGGAAGACGAUGAUGACGACGAAGAGGAGGAGGAGAAUGAACGGGAAGCAAGACGGAACGCGGUCCGGAGGGGUUUAAGUGCGGGGGAACGAUCGCGGACGGGAAGCUGUGAUGCCACGAGGAACUACAUCUCGGACGAACUGAAGUACGGUGCGGGACACUCGCGAGACCGGGACCACAGCCAUCACAGUCAUAGUCAUCACAACAAUAGUCAUAGCUCGCAUCACAACCACCAGUCGCUGGAUUCGAACCCGGUGGAGAGCCAAUCGGAGUGGAGUGACGACGAGUGCCGCGAAGAGGCGACGGGUGGUGCCGAAAGCACCGGCUACAUCACGGACGAGCCCGGUCUCGAGAACAUCUCGCUGCUGAACGAAGCUGGUCUGACGGAUGCGGAAGGUGCCCUCUCGGAUGUGAACUCCCUCUACAAUGCACCGGACGUGGACGAUACCUCAAUUUCGUCCCGCGCCAGCAGCCGCCUGCUGAGCUUGGACUCGCUGAGCGGCCUGUACGACUGUGAUCUGGACUCGAAGCACGAGAUGGCCAUCGUGAGCGUGUCGCACAAGAUUAGUAGUAAGUUUGGACCAACCUGUAGCGGUAGCAGUACGACGACGGGGACGGCACCCGCAGUGACAGCGACAGCGCCGGAGGAUGCCGGAAAUCCCGGGCUCGGUAGUACCGGGUGAGGGUCGUUCAGUGCCGGCGGUGCGGGUCCCGCCAGUGGGCCCGCUUCCAUCGGCGGUCAGAUUAGCAACGGUAGCGCUGCUUCCGGCGAGGAAGAACCGGAAGAAUCGAUCGGUGGGUGCGGCGGGUGUAAAGAUAGUGAGAUGGAAUCGGUAGAUUUCAAAUGUUAGGAAAGGGGAAGCAGUAUCUGGACAGAAAUCUCGUAGCAGCGGCAUUUUCUUCAAUCGCUUUUGUUGAUUAUAAAGAGGAUCUAUGAUUGCGCUCAAACUGAAAAUGCAUUUUUAAGAUUAUGUUUUACUAGGGGAGGAUUCGGUCGGUGGAUUAGUGUAAGUAGGCUUUGGAAAGGGUUCUCUUCUGGCGGAAUUGCACAGGUAUGGAAUUGGUAUCCCCACCGGGUGGGGAGUUUGUUUUUGAUUCGCCGCUGGUACCAAUUCGAUACCUAUUUGGGUGACGAGCUGCCGCGCACGGUGGGUUCAAUAGAAUGUGGUUGUGAUUGAUAAUGUUGAUGAUUUUAUAAAUUUUAUGAAUCAUCACGGUUUUUCCAAGCAGUUUAAAGUUCAUGAAAAUAAUGA